UUGGUAUCCUCACCCGUCCACUCCUUGCGUGCACGUUCAUGAACCAUGACUCCAUAUUUUAAAUUAUUUUUCAUCCUAUAUUUCGCGAGUGCUCUAACCAAUGGAGAGAUCGACAAAACGAAACCAUGCUACGCACACCAAGCUAACUUUGACAUGCAAAAGGUUUUGGGUACUUGGUAUGUUGUGGCUCUCAUCCCGAAUAGAGGUUUCCCGAAAUUAAGACGGAUAUCAUGUUAUAAAAUGGAUGUGAGUGAAACAGAUGAGGCCGGUCUCAGGUGGCUGAUAAGCAGAAAAGUGGACACGCCUAGUCAAGAAUUGAUACAAAAAAUCAAAGGCACUAUUGUUCGGCAGCGAUAUCACUCCGAAAAACCUUUCGAUAUAUGGUCUAGAGCUAUUACUGGCAUCAAUGGUUGCUUCCGCCAACUUUUCUCUUUAGAAACGAACAAAACAAGUCUUGCCGAUGCAGAAAACUUGGUGACAUACAUGCAGCUCCACAUUAUGGACACUAACGAUGGUGCCGGUCCCUACUUGGUUCAAAUCAUGUGGGGGAAAUUGAUAUCUGCCGUAAUUUACCGACGAGAGGAAGGUGUUUCUAUGGAACGUCUUGAGCCGAUUCAUGAUUUCCUGAGCGAUUUAAAAGGUUACCAGUUGCAACCAUUGAUUUGUACGAAACUUGAAAAGGAAUUAGAGCCACCAGCAUUUCAACGACCCUAAUAAAUAAAUAAGAUUUUUUUUAUAUAAAAUAAGAAUUUAAAGAUAGUUAUAAUUAUAUAUGUAUAUUAAAUCGAACAUAAUAAUCAUGUAAUGAACACGUGAUAAUCGUUUUAAUUUCGAUCUAAAUAAGUUGAAGUAACGCAUGUAUGGUUAGUUUUUUAAUU